AUGCGCUCUUUUCUUGUUCUGCUUGUGACCUCAGGAGCGUUACUUCUACCUGCUUGUUGCUUGAAUGCAAGGCCUUUAUUAGUUCCAAGCUCAGCGCUUAGACUGCGUGGAGGCUCCGGUGUCCUCCAGAAUGAAGGCUCGACGUAUCAGGCCUUGUCGUCGUCUCUCGCUCCCCAGUCAGAUAUGGAUGACAUCGAUAAGGAUAUCUUUCUUGGCGACUUGUACCGCCUACAGGCAGGAGAAUACGACUAUGACCCGCAGGAGAUGAUCAAGAUAGAAGAGAUGCUGGAAGAGGAAUCGGCUCGCUCUCAGCUCCUGCAGCAAUUCAUGAUGCUCCAGGACAUUCGCUUGGAGGCUCAAAUGCCGGGAGGAGACAACUGCUCCUACGCUGACUCUUGGUUCGCCGGCUCCCUGUGGGAUGACCCGGACGACGAGUUCUCAUGGACACGAUCAGCAUGGAUGCAGUGCCAGCGGGCAACGUGCUGGAGGGAGAUGCCACCUGUGUGGAAGAGGAUGGUGAAGCAGCAGUGGGAGGAGCUGCAAGAAUUCGUAGCUGCGCUCUGCCUCCCCGACAAGGGGGUCAAGUCUGCACGUUACCUGGAAUUCCAGCAGGAGAUCCGACGGUUGCAGAUCGCCUUUGCUGCCAACGUCAACCGCGUUGCUUCUCACUUGGAGCAAGGCUCUCUCAAGGAGGAAGUCACUAGAAAAGCGCAGGAGGCAGAGAAGAUCACUUCCUACCUCAACGAGGAACCCAGAGCCGAGUCAAUCUUCUCUUGGGUUAUGUCCAAGACUGGCCACAUCAUUCGCAAGGCCUUCGACGCGGAGACGGAGGAGGACAAGAUCAACGCAUACCGCCCUACGGACGUGCAGCUCUUUGGCAUUUCUCUCUUUAACACCAAGGACCCCCUGUCGGAUCGCCUGUGGAACAUGGGAUCUAGCCAAGGAGACACUAUCACCGCAUGGCCCUUGAAGGCUGCUGCCUGGGUUGCAAAGAAACUUGAGCGAGAAGGCAUCCUCCCCUCCUCCCCAAAAGCUCCUCUCUUCUCUGAAACCCACUCCCUCCUCAACACAACGAAGGUCCAGCAGAAGCUAGCAAAGGGAGAAAUCGAUCUGCGCAAGUUUAACGCUCUUGAUUAUCUUCACGAUUACGCCGCAAGAAACUUCGAGCACCACAACGAUACCUGGCAUGAGGUGAAGGAAGACUUCGAGCUCGAGCAUGCGAUGCAGGAGACGCAGAAGGAGGAGUCAGAGUUCCCCCUGCAGACCAUCUUCACCCUCGAGGAGCUGGAGGCUGCCAUGACCAAGAAGGUUCCCAUGGUCAAGGAGCUUGUCUUCGGUCAGCCCGAGCCAUCAACCGAUGAGAUGGAGGAGCUGAUCAGCAACAUCUCGUCUCUUGAGAUCGCGGAGCCCAGGGAGCAGAUACAGCAGCUGUUUGCAACCCAUGCAGGAGGAGAAGUCAGGAUUGUGGCUAAAGCCCUCGACAAACCAAUCCCGUCCAACAUCAGUUCUCAGGGACUGGAUGGACGAUCCCAACGCUGA